UCUCACUCGGUUCUACCACUUGGUAAGCAAUGCUGGUCUGGAACGGACCGGUGUGGCUUGAUUCUCCGAACGGUUAACGUAUUGAUGUGGCGCCCGAAAAAACGUCGUUUCUUGUGCGUUGGAAUAGCAUGUCUUUUUCUGGUUUAUGUCGUUCGGAUAGAAAUUAACAAGAGUUACGAAAACAGACGACAAAAAUUUCAGGAUUCUUUCUCUUCCGACGUGGCUAUCAAGCCAGUGGUCAUCGAAUUUGACCAUGAGAGAUACAUUGCCGGGGAAAACCGUACAGGAAUCCAUAACUUCGCUAAACAUUCUUUUAACCUACAAGUGAGCGACGCAACACUAGUCGAUAGAGACAUUCCAGAUUCUAAGGGUCCAUUGUGUAAGAAUCGAAUCUACAGCAUUCCAGCCAGUUAUUCCGUCAGCAUUGUGAUAAGUUUCCAUAAUGAGGCAAGAUCAGCCUUAUUGCGAACUAUAGUAAGCAUUUUAAACCGGACACCAAAUCGACUAUUAAAAGAAAUUAUUUUGGUCGAUGAUUUCAGUGACAAUGUUCGGGACGGCUCAGAACUCUCAAGUUUUCCUAAAGUGAAAAUUUUCCGAAACAACCAAAGACAAGGUCUGAGUAGAUCCCGAAUGAUUGGUGCUCAAAAGUCAACGGGAAGUCAUGUGAUAUUUUUAGAUAGUCACUGCGAAGUCAACGCUGAUUGGCUGCCACCUUUGUUACAAAUCGCUUAUGAGCAUCCUAAAGCUUUGGUUAGCCCAGUCAUCGACAUAAUCGAUGCAGAAACCUUUCAGUACAAGCCGUCGUCUGGUGACUUGAAAGGGGGUUUCGAUUGGGCUUUCAAUUAUAAAUGGCAAACAGUUUCUAAAGCAGAUUUUAAUGAGUCCACAUACUUCAAAUCUCCUGUGAUACAUGGAGGCUUGUUCCUUGCAAACAAGUCUUGGUUUAAUGAGCUUGGAGGUCUCGAUAAAGGUUUAGAUGUAUGGGGACUAGAAAAUAUUGAGAUUUCCAUCAAGACAUGGCUGUGUGGGGGCGAAGUUCUGACUGUUCCAUGCUCCAGAGUGGGACACGUGUUCCGUAGCAGGCAUCCAUAUUCUUUCCCUCCCAAUGGCAGCUUAUCAACGUACUUAAAGAAUUCCAAGAGAGUGGCAGAAGCGUGGCUUGACGAGUAUAAAUAUCAAUUCUACGAAGUCAAACCGCAAGCAAAGCAUCAAACUAUUAACAGCAUUGAAGGAAUUCUAAGUCUAAAGCGAAAGCUAAAAUGUAAACCAUUCCAGUGGUAUUUGGACAAUGUUUAUCCAAAUUUGAAGCCCAUAAGUAAAGACAUUUUAGCUAUGGGCCAACUUCAGCAAGAAAACUUGUGUCUACAGAGCCAAAAUGUCAAGGAAAACAAAACGACCAUUGCAUUAGCCCUUUGUGCUGCUAGUAAACCAGAACAGGAAUGGCACUUUGCUAAAUCUGGGGAGCUUCAUCAAGGGAAGAACUGUUUGACAGUGAAAUUAAAUGCGAAGAAGCCAAAAGUUUAUUUAGCAAAGUGCAGUAACAAUACAAAACAGAAAUGGAGCCGUCGUCGCAGGUUACUGAUGUUACAAGGUUUGUGUCUGGAGAAUGUUAUGGAUGCUGUGAUAGGACAUUUUUAUUUAACACUGAACCCAUGCCGCCAAAAAGCAUUCUCGCAAAGAUGGGAUUUUUCUGUGGAAUUGCAAAGCUGGGGUGACAGAUAACAUCAAAUCGAAGAGUUUCGUUCUUGGGAAAGAAAGUAAUGAUUUGAUUUGUUUUUCUAGACAUUGAAUUGAUACCACGUCCCCAAUAUAAGUUUGUCUUGACCAUAUUAGCACAAAAUGCCGAUUAUUUUUACGAUAUUUUCCCGAAAAUGACCGGCAUGCAGAACAUCGGGCAACUUUGUGUAAAUAGAGGUGUGUGAAACUCGUUACCCACAUGUUCAAGAUUAUUUCUAGAAAUGACUUGGAUAAAAACAGUUUUAAAAUUCAUCUUUCUUCUGUGAAGAACUCGUGGCGGAGGCUAUAGAAAUUAUUCCUUGAAAUGAAACUGAUAAACGAACCUAUUGUAUUUAUUUAUCCUCUAUGUGGACUUUAUGGUGAAAGCCAUCAAAAUAAGCAAUUGAUCAAUACAAUAAUUGUGGUAGUGAAAUUAGAAUUCUUUAUAUUAUUUCGAAAUAUUACCAUUUGGAUAAAAUAUAACGAAUGAUUUGGAGCUAGAUGUUAGUAGGGACAGUAUUUAGAAAGUAAAAUGCUGAAAUAGUUAAAUAAUUAUUUAAAAUAACGGCUGCUAGACGUCUCGUUCCACAAAUGGGUGAAAUAAUAUUAAAAGAUUUUUUUUUCUUUGCAUAAAUGCUUCCCAAAAAUAAAUUAAUAAUUGAAAUUCAUUUUUAUCCAUCUAAAUGAGUAAGAAGCUUUUGGAAAUAUGGUAUAAGAGUAAGCUGCAACUCUAAAUUGUAAGAAUUUAUUGUUCCCGUAAACCAGAUCUGUGAAGGAGAUAGAUUUACUUCCCUGUCUUUUUACAAGCAUGCCAAACAGGUUGAUUAAGGGAAAAAAUUAAUCGAUUCACAUUGAAAUAUCGAAAGAAACGGGUAUGAAAUGCUACAAAUCACUUCCAUUUGUCUUUCACAUAAUUUUCGAUUAAAGAUGAUAUUCAGCAUUUCGUUUAAGACUCUAUUCGUUAUGACUUAAUAGUAAGAGCUCUGUUCCUCGAGUUGAGGAUUCAGAUUGGAAAUUCAAUGCCAUCAAAGAUCAGCAUGUAUAUGUACCUGGUAAACACUGAAUCAUUUUAAAAGUCAAACAUUUGCCCCUGAUGUGGCACAUCUUGGAGACUGAGAGAUUCCCGUUUGGUUUUAUUCGAGCACGAUUCAAAACUUUAAGAUUUUUUCUAUAAUUGUAUUGUUGAUAUCUUCGAUAUUAUGCGUGAAAGAUUAAAAUAAUGAAUUGAUUUAAUUAACAAAUUAAUCAGUUCCUUUCAUUUUCAUUAAUUUGUAUUUAAAGGAUUAUGUACUGACAUUUUGAAGUGAAUACUGAACUGGAAAAGUGAAAUGGAAUGUUGAUUAUAUCCUGGAAUGCAUUAGGCUACAAACAUCUGCCACUUUUGCGGAAGAAAUAAUGAACAACUGAAGACGAAAGGUGAUAAACGAUGCAGGUGCCGUUUUUGCGAAUAUUUCGUGAGCAUAGCGACGAAAGCGUGUUGAAUGUUAAGUCUAAGUUACAACUGCGGCUAGAAGUAAUAGAGUAGGAGGGAGUAAUAGGUGAGUUAUUAUGUAAAAUACAAUUCAUUGGUUAUGAUCAUGUGUUGUUGAUUAUAAGAAAGAUUAUUGUAUGCAGUUGCUGUGAAUUUUCAGUUUGUCACAUUUUAACAUUUGUACUUGUCGGCAUGUAUGAUCAUGGACCAAACGCUGAUAUCUGAACUCCCCCUAUUAACAAAAAAUGACCAACAAUGUUGUUUCAAUAUCUUCAUGAUAUCGACCAGAGUAUCGAAAGUGGAGAUAUCGUUCAAUAUCUUGUGCUAAUAAUUCUCAUACAUUGAUAAUGAGAUUACAAUAUAAGAACUCAUACUGUAAGCUCAUUAUCAAUAAAUGGGAACUAUCAAUGAUCAAAUACAAUCUUAUAUCAUCAAUUUAUAUAUAUAAUAUAGAUUUUAUUUUAAUGUAAACAUAUAUUCAAAACUAGGAAGAAAAAUAACUGAGAAUUUUUUUUUUAAUUUGUUACUGCCCUUUUAUAAUUAGCUUUUGGAUUAAAGUGGCCAUAAAAAACAGUUCUAAACAUUAAACGGAACUAAUUAUAAGUAUUUUAUAUUUUUCCCCCAAAUUUUCAUGCAAGUAAUUUGAAAUUAAAGUAAUAGAACAUAUUUGAAGAAUAAAUAAUUAGACAAAUUUGUCUGCAUUUUCAAAUUAUGUUAUCCAAAAUGUCUUCCUUCAAACUAUUUGAAUGAAUGAAAAUUAUGUAGUUUAAAAUUAUUUCUUGAGAUUUAACCAAUAAAUCACCAAACGAACCUUUUAAUAUUCAUUUAGUAAACAAAACUAAUUUGGAUUGACAGAAGGAAUUAGACAUAAACGAAAUAAGAAGCAGAUUUAGUUGGGUUUUUUUAGCUGUCUAAAACUAGUUGCUACUUUACUAGUUUCUGAAAAAUUUUCAGUUAUUUAAAGAAGCAGAACAAAAAAAAAUUAGCCAUAACUUAUUUACUAAAUGAAAUUUGGCAUAUUUGUGCAUUUUUUCAUAUAUUAGUGUUACAUUGAAAGAUGUACGUACAUCAGUAUUUUAAAGAAAUCAAUUAUUGUGAUAAAAUGUCUGUGAUAUUGUAUUAAAUAUAAAUAAUGUAAACUUAAUAUUAAGCAUGUACAAUGGUUUUAAUGGAGAAAAUGUCACUGUGAGUAAAACAUUCUGAUUUUCUGUAUACAAAUUUUAGAGUUUUAUAUCAUAUUUGUAUAUGUAAUUUAAUUGCUAUUAAUCACAAAAGCAACCGUGUAAAUCACAUUUUA